AUGCGCGUCGGCUCGCCCGAGGACUGCUGUCGCGACCCUCCCGUCGUGACGCAGCCUCCGACGAGCUCUGCAACCGAGGAGAGUGAGGGUGCGCCUCCCCUCACUGCUGGCCUGGCUGCGCACCGCCCCACAAAGCACCCCCUCGAGCAUCUCUACAAGCACAAGUACAAGGGCGACCUUCUCCAAGUCGUCAACGCGCCCGGCGGCUCCGGCAAGACUUUAGCCUUGGCCACCCUCCUUGUGGAGCAGGAGGAGAUCCGCUCUCGCAAUACCUUAAACUUUCAGGCCUCCAAAUUCGGGUCGGAGGCCUCGGAGCGUAGCGGAGACCCGACCGGCAACCCAUUCAUCCAAGCCAUCAACGGUCUGCAAGAGGCCAUCCAAAACAGCCCGGCGGCAAAGUUCAAGAAGGGGCUCGCCAAGUUGCAGGCCGGCGACUACGACGAGAUCGCGAUGCACCCGCUCGCGGCACCUUCCCUAGGCGACCGCGUGGUGCUCGACGGCUACGGCGCCGAGUACCGCGUCGUCGAGCUGAACGAGGUGCAGGACGGCUACGCCCUCCGCGCAGAGCUCGCAGACCUCACGGGACGCACCUCCGUCCCUGCCGUCUUCAUCGGCGGCGAGUUUGUCGGCGGCUGCAACGACGGCGGUCUGGGCGGCGUGAUGACGCUUGAUAAAGCGGGCAAGCUGCAGCCGAUGCUGCAAAAUUAGGCGCCGGCGCGGCGGGACUCGCGAUGUGCAAAGGGAGUUGGGGAGGCACGGGCCGAGUCGCCGAGAGGCCAGCUUUCCCUGUGGUGUCGCGUCGGCAUGACGGCGGGGAGGGGAAAGGCACCGCGCCCGUCCUCCCUGCUCGAGCCCCGUGACGCGGCGCCAAGCCCCAAGAAUCGGCAGGGCGAGUCCUGGGCGAGUCACAAGAGAGAACACACAUAUUGUUAUUGAUGCGCUUAUAAAAAAUCUAAAAUGAGCAUG